GUCAGGAUGGUGGGGCUUAAACCGUCCAUCGUUCCUCCAACUCCUGGGGUGCAGUUCCUGAGUGCUGGUACAGCAGCCUGCAUCGCCGAUCUCAUCACCUUCCCCCUAGACACGGCUAAAGUUAGAUUACAGAUUCAAGGAGAAGCUAGAAAGUGCCAAGGACCGAAAAGUAUCAGAUACCGCGGGGUUUUGGGGACAGUGCUUACCAUGAUCAAAACAGAAGGACCGAGGAGUUUAUACAGUGGAUUGGUCGCUGGGCUGCAACGACAGAUGAGCUUCGCUUCAAUAAGGAUCGGACUGUAUGAUUCUGUCAAACAGGUUUACAGCAGAGGGAAUGAACAUACCAGUAUAGGUACCUCCACACUGGCAGCUUGCACUACAGGAGGACUUGCUGUGGCAUUGGCUCAACCAAUGGAUGUGGUUAAAGUUCGUUUUCAGGCACAAGGGAACAUUCAGGGUGUUCAGAGACGUUACAAUGGAACCCUUCAGGCAUAUAAAUCAAUAGUCAAAGAGGAGGGAGUUCAAGGACUUUGGAAAGGAACUUUCCCUAACAUUGCUCGAAAUGUUAUUGUCAACUGUUCAGAGCUUGUAACCUAUGACAUCAUUAAACAGUUAAUUCUGAGGAACAAACUAUUGACAGAUAACUUUCCAUGCCACUUCAUCUCGGCCUUUGGUGCAGGAUUUUGUACUACAGUGGUGGCUUCUCCUGUUGAUGUAGUAAAGACAAGAUACAUGAACUCUGUUCCUGGACAAUACAGAAGUGCGCUCCAUUGUGCCCAGACUAUGCUGUUUAAAGAAGGACCAACAGCCUUUUACAAAGGGUUUAUGCCCUCUUUUCUACGUCUUGGCUCCUGGAAUGUGGUAAUGUUUGUAACCUAUGAACAGCUUAAGAGGGCAAUGAUGUUAGCCAGAGGAAGCUAAGCUUGUUCAUAACAAUGACUUUUAUGGACUGUUCUGAACUUCACCAAGCUCACAGAAGGACAUGGGCAUGGAGAACUGGUAUUAUAAUAACAUGAACAUCUUUAGUGUUGGAUGAAAUGUACAUCUAUGAACAGCAUCCCUUUCAUUUUGAAAAUUAAAAAAAAGAUGUUGGAAAUUGGAAAUAAACACAAGUGGACAAGAGGUCUCCAACCUGAAAUGCUAUCUCUUCCCACAACUGCUGUCUUGACCUGCUGUUUCCAGUAAUUCCUGUUUUUAUUCCUUUGGUCUUAUUCUAUUAUAUCAAUAUUACUGGAAAUACUUAAAAGCAUAUUAAUGCUAACACAAUUUUAAAUUGACUAGACAAAAUUAAAUACUUCACUUUAUAUGCUGUAUAAGUAGAAAAAAACCUAUUCAAUAUGCUUUAAUUUCUAUAAAAAACUGUAAAAUGCACUUUACUGCUGAUGUUUCACAAUUUGAAAAGAAGAUUGAAAUAUUGAAUACAUAGUUUGAAAGUUAAUUUCAAUCCUAUCAUCAGGCCAUUGCGGUUAGCUUGAGUUGAAUUUUGGUUAGCCACCAUUAAGUGUUAUUUAUUUGAUAAUGUUUAUAUAGAUUUGUUUUAAUAAAGGCACAUUUUAAAAGAAGCUAUAUAUUACCUUUCAUGUUACAUUUAGAGAGAAAUAAAUUAAAACCUAUUUCUUUUGCAUUAUUGUAUAUGAACAGUUAAUAUAUCUAUCAUGAUAGGUGUUGUCACUGCCUAUUUGUUAUUGCACAAAAAAUUAAAGGAAACUUGUAAUAAAACAGACUGGCCAUUCAUGACAUCCAUUAAUUGAGUCAUUCUUGAUCACAUUUUACUCAAAAUGAUAUCACAAGGAUAGAACACUUAGAUCUU